CUGGAGGCGCUAUUGUCUCACACCUACCACCUCUCGUUGGCCGCUCUUCGAGACAAUCACCAACUAGCACUCUUCGCGUUGGGCCCGUACCACGAAGCACAUAUCCCGCGAGUCGCAUUGCUCCCGCCAAUUCAAGGCUACUUAACUGUAUCCUACGACCCGCCUGAACAGCAAUCUGUCUGUUGUUGAGCCUACUUUGCAUCUGCCUCCAUCUCGAGCUUCCCACCACCCAACGCACCGAUACAAUCGCCCUUCAAUUGCGACAUCCACGUUAUCCGUCUCAAAAUGGCACAGCAAAAUGGCGAACCUGUGAUGCGCAGGAAGUUGGUAAUUAUUGGCGACGGCGCGUGUGGCAAGACUAGUCUACUAAGCGUAUUCACCCUGGGUUAUUUCCCCACGCGAUACGUUCCGACGGUGUUUGAAAACUACGUCACCGACUGCAGAGUAGACGGCAAGUCCGUUCAACUUGCGCUAUGGGAUACUGCUGGCCAGGAAGACUAUGAGCGCUUACGUCCAUUGGCCUACAGCAAGGCCCAUGUUAUCCUCAUUGGCUUCUCGGUCGAUUCGCCCGACUCGCUAGAAAACGUCAAGCACAAGUGGGCUGAGGAGGCUCGCGAACGGUGUGCUGGUAUUCCAAUCAUUCUAGUAGGGUUGAAGAAAGAUCUCCGCGAGGAUCCUCUCGCUCAAGAAGAGAUGCGCAAAAAGUCCCUUCGAUUCACCACCACGAAGCAGGGCAGCGAUAUGAAGGAGAUGAUCGGCGCACGGAAGUACUUGGAGUGUAGUUCACUGACGGGUGACGGGGUCGACGAUGUUUUCGAGGCCGCAACCCGCGCUGCGCUCUUGUCAGUCGACAAAAGGGAGAAAAACGGCUGCUGCAUCGUCUUAUAACAGGCCUUGCCUAUCUUUACAAUGCAUUGGGUGGAGUAUUAUGGAGUAUCGUUUUGGAAUCCAUUGCUAACGGCGUUUCUGAGCGUCACUGCAUUUGUCCAAAAGUCGGGCCAGAGUGGUGGAAGAUUGCUUUCGUUCUGCUGAACAUGUCAAGCAUGGAGGUUUCGUCGAAACAUUUGGGCUUAGUUUGGCUAAUGACGAUGAUGACUAUCAUCUUCCACUCAUUAUUUUUUGUGU